AUGUUGCAAGUUGAAGCAAAUCAUAAGCGGUGGGUGAAAUUAAGGGAGAAAAAACGCUUUUGCAUACACAACAUUGAGGAGGCAUUAUACAUACCAAACAAAAUCAACGUCACUGCAUUGAAUCAAACCGCAGUGAAUGUGAAAUGGGAUUCACCGAGUGAUAGGGACCAAAUGGAUGUAUUUUUUGCAUAUACAAAAGGAGCUGAAGGAAAAUACUGUUGGCGAGAUAAAGGUGGCCUCACCUGCACGUUUGAAGGUCUUGCACCCUCCACAACCUAUGAAUUCUGCGUUAAAUGCUGCCACGUACAUUCGUCUACUCCUGCCUACUUUCCAGCCCCACCAUCGGCAUCUCUCUAUUCAAUAGACACUUCAUUAUUCGCAUUUGAAGAUUCAAUAGCGCCCAAAUCAGGUCUCAAUUUUAGAGCAUUCUAUUUGCGGUCCUUCCUUGUGUCAAAUCGUAAUAACUUUGCCCCUGGACAAUGUUUACUAAUAUCAUAUUGCCUCUCGAAGACUUGCAGUCUGAUAGACAAUAAAAAUGAAAGAAUAAGUAAUUUAGAAUUUGUACCAAACAAAAUCAACGUCACUGCAUUGAAUCAAACCGCAGUGAAUGUGAAAUGGGAUUCACCGAGUGAUAGGGACCAAAUGGAUGUAUUUUUUGCAUAUACAAAAGGAGCUGAAGGAAAAUACUGUUGGCGAGAUAAAGGUGGCCUCACCUGCACGUUUGAAGGUCUUGCACCCUCCACAACCUAUGAAUUCUGCGUUAAAUGCUGCCACGUACAUUCGUCUACUCCUGCCUACUUUCCAGCCCCACCAUCGGCAUCUCUCUAUUCAAUAGACACUUCAUUAUUCGCAUUUGAAGAUUCAAUAGCGCCCAAAUCAGGUCUCAAUUUUAGAGCAUUCUAUUUGCGGUCCUUCCUUGUGUCAAAUCGUAAUAACUUUGCCCCUGGACAAUGUUUACUAAUAUCAUAUUGCCUCUCGAAGACUUGCAGUCUGAUAGACAAUAAAAAUGAAAGAAUAAGUAAUUUAGAAUUUGCUGCCGAGUAUCAGAAUAUUGGUGAACAGUCUGAGAUGAAUGCAAUGGAACGUAAGUUGACGCUGAAUGUGCUCAUUCAAUCGGGGAUUAUUCUUGUAAUCCCUUAG